GUCGAGCCUCUGGCACUGGGUGAAAUGUCUGCUUGGUUUCACCUGCCUGUUCAAUGCGCCACGUUACCUCUCACUUAAUCCGAAGAAACUUCUGGAGGCAGUAUGUCGAGGAGUCUAGUCAGCGGGAGUUAAACUGCUGUUGAAUAUGAACAAGGACCUCAUGCGCCAGUCGGUGGGUUAUCACGGGCCCACUUUGUUGUCCCUUCUGAAAAGUGAACAAUAUGAGAACACAGACAUUCAGAGCGUUUCGGCCGAGUUCUUGAAAACAGCGCUUCAUCACAGAAGGGAUAGAAGAAUUGAUAAUAUAGCUAUACAGCAAUUUAUUGCAAGAAAAGCAGACCUUCUCUUUGCUCCAUCAUGGAAGUCAACGGCCAGUACUGAACUGAAUGACGAAGAGACAGAAGAUUAUUAUGCAAUUAUGCCUCCUAUGGAGCAGCUAAUGGAGGUUCCAAGUGAUGACAAAAGACAGUACUUUUUCCGUGAUAUUGAACGUGGAGAUAUAGUGAUUGGGCGAGUUGCAUCCAUUCGUGAUUUUGGGUUCUUCAUGACAUUAAUCAGCCUUGGAGGAGACCUUAGGCGGGAUAUUGAAUCCUUGGAAAUAACAGCACUUUGCCCAGUAAGAGAUGUGCCUUCACAUGGAAAACAUGACGAUCCUUUAUCUUAUUUUCAAGUAGGAGAUCUCAUAAGAGCGGUUUUAAAAGAUGUUGAUCGUUACCAUGAAAGGCUUGCAGUAACUUUGCAUCCUUCAGCUCUUCCAACUCAUCUUUCGCAUUGGAAAUUGGGUGUCAUCAGUGGUGAAGAUCUUCCUGCAUACUACAGGCGUAAUUCAACUCUGGGUAAUCCUAUUGCUGAAACAUAUGACAAAAUUUUACACUGCACACUUGGAUUUGCUAAUCCAUCAACUGUUGAAUAUUUGCUGGGCAAACUUGGAAUUAGUGAAAUUGAAUCGCCAUCUCUGAUGAGAGGAUUGCAGAGCAAAAACUUUAUAGGGGAUGAUUAUGCUGCAGCUCUACGGAAAAAACAGUCAGCUUCUUGGGCAUUAAAGUGUGUCAAAUCUGGGGUGGAACAUUUUAAAGCAGGACGUCAUGUAGAUGCUAUGAAUGAAUACAACAAAGCUCUAGAAAUUGACAGUAAUAAUGUUGAAGCUCUUGUGGCUCGUGGUGCUCUUUAUGCAACAAAAGGAAGUCUAAACAAAGCUAUUUCUGACUUUGACUUGGCUUUGGAGACAUGCCCAACACAUAGGAACGCAAAGAAAUAUCUCUGUCAAACUCUAGUGGAAAGAGGAGGCCAGUUAGAAGAAGAAGAAAAGUUGACAAAUGCUGAGAAUUGCUAUAAGAAAGCAUUGAAGCUGGAUGAGACUUUCGGUGAAGCAGAGGAAGCUUUACAGAAAUUAAGAAAACACAUGCAGGCCUAUGACGUACCACAUGGUGAACUCCAGACCACCUCCUGGGCCAUCCGUGGAGGUGAGUUUUCACUAAGCAGUAAAGGAAUGCAAUACUAUAUUAGUCAGUUUUAUACUUGAGCAGUUCUUCAUGACUAUCUUUGAUUCCGAAUUUUUUUGGAAAGGAUGUUGUGUAAUCAACUCUAUGUAUGCGACCCAAAUCAUCAAAGUCAGUGAUGUUGAGCUGUGGAGACUGCAUUCAAGUUUUCUGAAAGACUCAGUCCAAAAAAGAAUGAGUGUGCCUCAUUUUGGGGAGAAGUAAUUUUUUUUCAUUUAAAGAAGUGCAUUAUUUCAGGUUAUAAUCUCACAAAAUGGCCAUUCCUUUGAGACCCCAAUAGCUCCUUGUUGAUUUUCAUAAUCCUCAUUAGGCACUCUACCUUGUUACUAAAACUUAUCUUGACUUUGGAAUUUUUUGUUACUCCGUCCUUCCAUUGUUGGGAAUUGUGAUCCAAAUAUGAAACUUGGCAAUUUAAAAAGUUUUCUUCAAGGCUAUUCUCUCUGAGCUUCUCUGGAGUUUUCUAUUCAAAAUACUGUCCUUCCCCACUGUCUGAAUUAGAGAUAUCUAUGGUCACAAAUCAAACUAAUUGUCAUUGAAUAGCCAUAAUGAAAAUAAAAUACUGCUGAUGCUGGAAAUCUGAAAUAAAAACAGAAGAUGCUGGGAAAACUCUGGUCUCGCAGCAUUUGUGGAGAGAGAAAUAUAAUUAAUGUAAAACAAAUUGCUGCUCUUAAAUCAGGAAUGAAUAGUUUCUACCUUCCUUUUUUAAUGCAGCAAUUUGACUUUAAAACCUGUGGGGAUUUUUUUGUAAUUCAGCUGAAAUUGGGAUGUUAAUGACCAAAUUCUGAUCUAAACUCGCGCUUAGCAAUAAAUCUCUGGAAAAGAAAUGGAAAUUGGAUUCUUAGAGAUUAGCACAUUUUCUUCUUUCAUAUUGAAAACUUAAAAUUGUUUUGUGUUGUACUUUAGACUCUUAGAACAUAAGAUAUUCUCAAACCUACUAUAAACUUAAGUAGGUGCUGCUUAUUGCAUUAAUACUGUAGAACUAAGGUUUUUGGAACAUUUUUUUCAAGGGUCUGCAACAUAAUAUUUUAAAAUAAUUGCGAUGUAGCUGAAGAAUUAAGAUUUUAAGGGAACUGGAUCUACUCUCCAGGAUGGGAAUUUUGGAGUUUCAUUGUUUAUUUUAUAGCGUACAAAUCUUCAGGUGUUGCUGCACAACAUUUUAUUUGUGAUCCAACUAUCAAUUUGGGGGGGAGGUUGACAUUCCUGACCUUGAUAAAUGUGAGUAGCUCAGAGAGGGCAAAUUUGAAAACAAGUGAUAAUUCCCCAGGUGGUUGGCUCAAAUGCAUGGCCUCAGAGUAAAGUGCCUGCAGUGCUCUUAGUCAUGCGGAGCAGGAACACUAAAAGGAAUUCAGAAAAAAUUUCUAUUUUGGCAGGAGAAAUGUAAUCAGACACAAUCAAUGUGAUCAUUUUGUCAGUGUUUGUAUGUAUGUUUUAUAGUGUCUUGAAGUUGACAAGUUUUGCAUGUUUUCGUGUUAAAUGCAUCUGAAGAUCUAUUGAAAUGAUUUUUUAAAUCAGAAGUUAUUUGAAGAUUGAACCAAUCAGCUUCAUAAAAUGGAGAUCUCACUUUGUGUGACAUUUCCACUUUAAAUCUCUGCUGUACCAUUACAGGUAAAUUUCACAUCUGUCAAAGCACUAGUGAUGUGCAUGAGAUGUUUAGAUGUUUAAUCUCCUGCAACAUCUUAAUAGGCCAUCCUUUAAGAGCUAAAAAAAAUGUUUUUAAGAUUUUAGAUAGCCUUCCGACCCUCUACUAUCCAGCUAGGUGCUCCCUUUUCAGAAGUAUAUUUCCAGGUUGUUCAGGGUAUGGUUCUAAGACUAGUCCAGUCCUCAAAUGUUGCAAAGCCCCUUUAUUGCCACUCUCACACACGUUCCGCCAUUGGAAAUGUUACUUUUAAUGUUGUGCAUGAAAUUUCUUUAAUGGAGUCAGUGAAAACACAAAACAGAUUUCCAUAUUUUGCACUAUUGCCAACAUUUCUGCUACAAUUAUUGGCAGGAUGAACUUAACAAAACCUUUUAGCUUAAUUUUAUAUGAGCUGUUUUCAGUUUGAUAACCAGCGCUGGCUAAGAAUUUUCUUGCAUUACUGAUUUUUUUUUCCUUGUUUUGUUUUUGUGUGCAUUUUCUUUCUGGGGCCUUGGCUGCUGAAAUUCAUACCACACCUGACCUGAACUGGAUUCUGCUGCACAAUCCUGGUUUGUACUUUGGUCAUUGGGGAACAACUGGUGAUGUACGGUGACUUUGGUGGUUUGUUUUAAAAACAAAACAUAUAUUUUGGUAAAUUGUGCAAAACCUUUGUUUGAAUUGAUCAUAAUUAAAUUUGCGAAUAUUCAAUAAUUCCCUUGCUUUGCUAUUUUUGUGAUUUUAACCUUGUGCUUUAUUAUUUCCAUUUUCUUUGGAUUGCCAUUUUGGUCAUCCAUGUAUUUUCUUGUUUUGGUUACUACAUGCUGAUACGUUGUUCUUUGCUUUUUCUACUGUAUAAUGUUAAACGUCCUCAUUUGUACUGUUGUUUUCUUACCCGUAAUUUGUUCCUGAAUUGUUUUUCCUUCUAAUUUAAUUUUUUCUAUUUGUCUAUCACUGCAUUAAUUGAAUUUAAUGUGUCCUUUCAUUGCCACUUGUGUUUUCUGCCGAUUAUUGACAAAUUAUAACUAAAUUAUACAAUUCUUAUACAAUAUAUAUUUGGUUAUUCUGAAUAUGACUAAUCUUUAAUCUUUUAAAACUGGUAAUGUGACACGGUUUUCUGGAUACAAAUGUGAUCAAUGGUGUUGCUGACUGAAAACUAAAUCUAAUUUUUGCCGCAAUUUCAUGA